CACCACGGCACCUGCACACGCCGCCGUCGUCUUGUUUGUUUUGGGGGCAGCGUCCUUCCGAGACUGUCUCGAGAACCUUCCCGAUCCCUUGCGCCGCCUCCGCCCUCGCCUCGCGCUCGCCGGCGGCGCUCAGCUUGUUGUCUGUGGUCUGGUCAUUGGUCAACCAUGUUCAAGAAACCAGUUGAUGUGAAAACUGUACAGCGCUUGUCUGGAGCAGACAAAAAGAAGUUAAGAAGAACUGCCAAGGAAAGGUUUCCACAGGCGUCUGAUGCUGAUCUUGAUGCCAUUCUUCCUCCCAAGGGUGAGAUAACACUAGCUAAGUACCCAAAUCAUGCUCUUGUAUAUGCCAUAGAGGGGGAGUUCCCAAUGAUCUUCAACAUUGAUGCAAGAGGCCAUGAUCUGUUUCCAACAGUUUAUGCACUCUGGAAGGUCCCUCAUCUGUUGCCAGCUUUUAUGCUUAAGGGUGGUGAGGUUUCACGUUAUGUGAUUGGUGGUGCUGAUCUGAUGUUUCCUGGUAUCAGCAUACCCCCAGAAGGGUUUCCUUCUUUUGAAGCUGGUCAACCAUGGGCAGUAAAAGUUCCCGGUAACCCUGCCCCAAUUGCUGUUGGGAUCACAACUAUGAGUAGUACUGAAGCCUUAAAGGCAGGGCUACGUGGGAAGGCUUUAAGGAUUCUACAUUACUACAGGGAUAUGUUAUGGGAUUCAGCUGAUGGUCGUUAUGUCCCCAAUGAAGGAUUUUUUGAAGACAUUGUUGUUGAAGAUCCAAAUUUUGUUUCAACAUCUCAAUCUCCUGAUUCUGCUGAAGGAACUCCAGAAGUCACACAUGAAAGUGAAGAUGCAGCAGUUGAUAGUUCAGGCACUGCUGAUCCUGGCGUCCACAUUGAAGGUACAGAAGAAAUAACUGAUGGUAUAAACGAACUUAAACUGCCUGAAAAUAAAUCCACCGAACAGGCACCUGAUGAAAAGGAACAUCAGAAUUUGACAACUGAAGAAAUUGACUCUCUUUUGGACAAAUGUCUUCUGCAAGCACUGUACACAAGCAUAAAAGAAAAAGACUUUCCCAUGCCAGGAAGUACACUAUGGUCAAAUCACAUACUCCCCUGCAGGCCUCCAGGUGUUACUCUUGAUAUUAAAAAGUCAUCGCACAAAAAACUAUCCAAGUGGUUGCAAUCAAAAUCUUCAUCUGGCCUUAUUUCAGCAAAAGAGGACAAGUAUAAGAAGGAAGUUAUAUUACUAGGUAUCAACCGUAAGCAUCCAGACUACAUGGCCUUUAAACCGGAAAAGAGGGUACAGGAGCCUGUUGAACAGGAAAAGGCUGUUGCUGAAAGUAGUGUCACAAAGCAAUUGGAAGUUGCUGAGAUUUAUAAGCCAAGCUCUCAUGUUAAACCCAUAUUUAUGGCUGUCGAAGCUGACAUGGAGAAGUAUUACAGUGCAUCAGAGGCUUCUGAUGUAGUUUUCAGGUACGUCGAAAAGGAAAAUUUGGUUAAGCCUACAGACAAGGCCAAAGUGAUUCUUGAUGUUACAUUAUGCGAUGCAUUGUACAAAGGAGCUAUCAAGAAGGGUUCAGCAUAUCCAACUGAGAUCCACAAGAAGGAUUUGGGGUCAACACUUUUAAACCGCAUGCAAGUUCACCAUAAAGUAACAAGAGGAACUCAGGAGGUCAUACGCAAGGGUGCCAUAAGAACUAUUCAGAUCAUGACAGAAAGAAGGCAGGGGAACAAGAAGAUGACUCGGCUUUCUGGACUGGAAUGCUUUCUAAUGGAUCCUGAUUCCUUGGCGUCUGAACUGCAGAAGAAAUUUGCUUGCAGCACCACCACAGCUGAGCUUCCAGGUAAGAAGGGGCAGUACGAGGUCUUGGUUCAGGGUGGAGUGAUUGACGACCUUGCAAAGCACCUUGUCGACCAUUACGGUGUCCCAAAGAGAUACAUUGAGGUUUAUGACAAAACAAAGAGGUAGGAAAGGGAGCUGAUCAGCUGAAGCUUUAUCCUGAUUGCCCAAUGCCUCUGGGUGCCUUUGGGUGUUCUGGCAGUAGCGACCCGCCUUGUGCAAAUGCAUAACGAUCCCACAUGAUACUUUUUGGAGUCAUAUGUCUAGGAAUUAUUAUGACAAUAGUGUUGAGCUCAUAUGUUUCCUUUCACCCACUCCUGCCCUUCGUUGGUCGAAAACUUUUGUGCGUACUGAACAGACAUGAGGCUUGCUUAUG